AAAGACGGAUUUGGAAUCAGCGGUAAUUGUUGCAGAGGAAGAGGGGCUGAAGUAGACGGGUAGUGAAGAGGAGCGGCGGACGCAUAAGAAGCUUCGUUGUAUGGAACUUCCAUAAUGGAAGAGGCAGAAGCAAUGGAGAUAGUGUUUAGGAAAAGAACCAGAACGAGAUGAAUCAGAUAAUUGAUUUUGGCGUUAAUUGCAGUUAUAAAAAGCUAUUAUUGGGCUGAGAUCUCCAUUAGUUAAGGAAGAGAAGUUAAUCUUUUUACGAAGCAGUUAUAUAGAUUCAAGUUAAUCUUUUCAUUCCUAAAUAUUAACUGAUGCAACCUAAGGUAAAAAUAACAUAAUUUUUGUUUAGUUGAUGUUAAGGAAAAAAUUAGUUACCUUCACUUUCGCAGUUAAGGUUAAUUUAUAAAUAUAUUAUUUUAAUCUAUUUUUUAUUGGCAUCAGUUUUUUUUACGUUAGUUUUAUAUCAUUAGAUAAAUGAUUUUAAACUAUGAAAUAAGUGCAUCAUUAAUAUAACUGAGAUAAAUUUAUAUAAUAACAUCAGUUUUGUUAGAGUGAUACAAACUAUUUUUAUUGGCAUCAAUUUUCUUUUUGAUGUAAGUUUUAUAUCAUUUAGAUAAGUGAUUUUAAACUACAAGAUAGAUGCAUCAUUUAUUUAACUGAUAUAUAUUUAUAUAAUAACAUCAGUUUUGCUAAAGUGAUACAAACUAAUAAAAAUACAUCACUUAGCUGAAUUGAUGUCAAAUAAUUUAAUUAAAACAUCGCUUUUUUGCAAUUGAUGCAAAAUUUUACAUAUUUGUAUCAUUCUCAAAUAAGUAAUUUAAAAUAGAAUCAUUUAAUUUUGUGAUACAGUUUAAGUGAUUUAAUUCACCUCUUUUUUUGUAGUGCAUUCAUUGCCCUCUUUCUUUUUAUGCCAAUAAAUAAAAAUUAUUAUUACAUAGCAAAAAGAUUGUCGUGUAAGAAAAUUAACAAAAGAAGCAUAAAAAGUGGAAAAUAAUUAGAUUCGCAAUCAGAAGCCACACUUCACCACCGUCACUACAGAUCUAAAAGAACAAAAACCACCCAGUUUAUCUCAAAACCCGAACUUGCCCUUCCACCACCCUCAGAUUUACGAUAAUGCCACUCUUCUCCCACCGCUUCACCACCGCAUCUUCCACCGGCCCUGCAACUCCUUCCUACUACAGCAAACCCUCGAAGAGCCACAAACACAGCUCUUCCGCCUCUCGUGUCCACGUGGCUAUCGUACUCUUCUCCCUCGUCUCUCUGUUCAUCGGACUCGCCGGAACCAUCUUCGCAAUCACUUCCUCCGGAGGUCCUUCCUCCGUGUAUCGAUGCGGCGGAUCUAAAGACACUUCGCGAGUGUUCGGUUCAAGAAAACUCGGUGGGAACGGCGGCGUAUUGCCGGAGAGACGAAAGGUUAUAGGAUUGGUUGGGAUCCAAACUGGUUUCGAUUCUGGUGAUCGUCGUGCCGCUUUGAGAAGCACUUGGUUCCCUUCCGAUCCUGAUGCUCUUCUAAGGUUGGAACAGGCGACUGGAUUAGCUUUUAGAUUUGUGAUUGGACGGUCAAAGGAUGAAAAGAAGAUGGCUGAGCUUGAAAAGGAGAUAAAAGAACACAGAGAUUUUGUGCUUCUUGAUGAUGUUGAGGAAGAGUAUCUACGACUUCCUUAUAAAACGUUGGCCUUCUUCAAAGCAGCUUUUAAACUCUUUGAAGCUGAUUAUUAUGUCAAAGCCGACGACGACAUUUACUUGAGACCAGAUCGACUUGGGACGCUUCUUGCCAAGGAAAGACUUCAUUCACAGACGUACAUUGGCUGCAUGAAGAAAGGACCAGUUAUAACUAAUCCUAAACUCAAAUGGUACGAGAAACAGGGCAAUUUGAUUGGAAAUGAAUAUUUCUUACAUGCUUAUGGACCGAUGUACGUUCUUUCAGCCGAGAUAGUGGCUUCACUUGCAUCAGCUCGGAACGGCAGCUUGAGGAUGUUUAACAAUGAAGAUGUAACCAUCGGAUCUUGGAUGCUUGCAAUGGAUGUACAUCAUGAGGACAACCGUGCUUUAUGCGAGCCUCGUUGUUCCCCAAAGUCCAUAGCAGUAUGGGACAUUCCCAAAUGCUCAGGGCUUUGUAACCCGGAGAGUCGGUUAAAGGAGCUUCACAAUAUGGAAAUUUGCUCCAAGAGUCCGACAUUGCCUCCCGAUGACUUGGACCAGUAGUUUGUGUUGCGAACAGUUCUACAGAAUAUAUGAUCUCAUAGUUCCAACAUCCUUGGAGCUGUAAAGGGGGAAGAUGACUUCAUAGUUCUUUACAUUAUCUGAUUCUUGUUGUAGUUGUCUCAUGUACCACAUUUAUACUGAAGUUAUAUAUAUAUAUAGACCAGAUACCACAAGAUUAUUUUUCUGUAAAAUUAGAUUUAUGGGGCCAGUGGUGUAGGCACUGGGAGAUGAUAUAGUAUUAAUCAUGUUUGAUUUUGUAAAAGAGAUCUCAUUCAAUGUAUUAUUUGUUUUGUUUUUGUGUC